UCUUAACUGUAUUGUACGCCAUGAUUAUAGGUAAUACUCAGAACUUCGCCAUGUGAGAGUGGAAAAUGGCCACGCCACCAUCGGCGGCAUCUCAAGCCUGGACAGAGGAAACUCAAGUUAAGGAGGAGGAAAAGAAACCGUUUGUGCGCAUAAUAGAAAAGGCAACGGGACAAAAGGUGAAGGAUUUGACCAAACCACCAAAGAAUAGCGUGCCGUACACCAGUACAGCAGCCAGGUCCAAAAAAGUGAUAAAAAUGCAGAACAGGUAUGCCAGAGCAAGGCCGGUACCAAAGGGCGCAAAAGUUCCUGGUAUUGACGAUGAAGCAACUCAGGUGCCAUUUUUUCUGCCGUCAGAAAAGCCGGCAGCUUCAUUUUUUGCAACACUGGAUUCAAGUAACAGAAAAACAAUGUCCGAGUACAGUCGAACGCUAGAAAGAAGCGCUGACCGUAAACCAAAUCUGCGUCGCCAACACGCUUUUAUUAGGGUGAAAAGUAAACCUAAAGAUGUUCUCCAAGAAAAUGAAAUAUUUGAGAGCGAUAAACAAAAACAGAAGCAAAAAACUACAGCUCAUAUAGGUUCCAACAUCAUAGGCGAUAUGUUACCUGUAUAUGAUACAUUCAACGAUGACUUUGAGGAUGAUCUACGAAAUAAUAAUUAUGAUCCUAGUGAUUUAUUAACAAAACGAAAUGUGUUACUGAGAAAAUCUCAGUCGAUGAUGGCUUUGGAAAAGCCAUUGAUAAAACGUUCAGUUUCGAGUGGAACUUCAUUUCGGGAAUCUCCACUCACUUCAAAACUUGAGAGAUCCGGUUCCGGUUUUAAUUCAUUGUUCACUUAUAAUUCCUCUAGUGCCCCUAGGAGAAGAAAGGCGUGCAACACAGAGUCCAUAACUGAAGUUCAGUCCGCUCGUUCACCAGAAAAAUUUCCAAUUUAUGAGAAAAGGGAAAUUGAACAAAGUCUGGAUGAGAUCGAUUUACUCUUGCCAGGAGUAUGUAUUUCUUCACCGAGGCGACCGUCAACUGUGCGGCCAUCAACAAACAUGAAACCUACUCGAACACCAACAUACUGCAGCUGUUGCAGUUUGUGUGACACCCCGAAAUCACAGUUCGAAAGCCCAACGCCUUUUGAGCUAGAUCAUCCUGACUUGUUUUUACAAACACGUUCCAGGAGACCCCAUCACUGCGCCUAUUGUCAAGCCGACGAUGGAAAGAAGCUAGUGCAAUAUGCUCAUGGUGAUGUCAUUAAAACCUUCGAUUGGCUGAGUAAAAACGCAAAGGAGACACCUUUGUAAGAGUUUGCCGUGUUAAAUGUGAAUGUGAA